UGACUAGGCCUACUGGAGACGUGCCCUUGCGAACACGGCUAUCCUGAACUACCGCGAUGCACUAAAAGACUUCAAGGCCGUCGUGAAGAAGGAACCGGGCAAUCGCGAUGCGAAGGUCAAGCUGACGGAUUGCGAGAAGCUUGUGCGUCGGUUGGAGUUCGAGAAAGCCAUUGAAGUCGGGGACCCGCCGUCGGCCUUUGAGGACCUGGACAUCGAUUCGAUGGCGGUGGACGCCAGCUACGACGGUGUGCGAUUGGACAAGGAGAUGACGCAGGAGUUUAUCGAUGACAUGAUUGAACGGUUCAAGAACGGCAAGAAGAUUCACCGCAAGUACGCGUUCCAGAUCAUCAAGGCCGUCAAGGAUCUCGUGUACGCCGAGCCCACGAUGGUCGAGGUUGGCGUGGAACAGGGCAAGCGGUUGACGGUUUGCGGUGAUACGCACGGGCAGUUCUUUGACCUGCUGGAAAUCUUCCGGUUGAACGGCUACCCGACCGAUACGCAUGCCUACCUCUUCAACGGCGAUUUCGUGGAUCGUGGAUCGUGGUCCACGGAGAUUGCCUUGCUCCUGUACGCCUACAAGUGGCUGCGGCCCGACGGUAUUUUCCUGAACCGCGGAAACCACGAGACGGACGACAUGAACAAGGUCUACGGCUUCGAGGGCGAGUGCAAGGCCAAGUACAACGAGACGGUGUUCAAGGUGUUCUCCGAGUCCUUCUCCGCUCUCCCGCUGGCCACCUUGAUCGGCAACAAGUAUCUGGUUCUGCACGGCGGUCUCUUCUCCGACGACAAGACUACUCUGGACGACAUCCGAAAGUUGAACCGCCACAACCAGCGACAGCCGGGCCAGCAGGGUCUGAUGAUGGAGAUGCUAUGGACCGACCCCCAGACGGAGCCUGGUCGCGGACCCAGCAAGCGUGGCGUUGGCCUUCAGUUCGGACCCGACGUCACGAAGCGAUUCUGCGAAAACAACGGCCUGGAAGCCAUCAUCCGUUCCCACGAGGUUCGUAUGGAUGGUUACGAGGUUGAGCACGAUGGCCGCUGCAUCACGGUGUUCUCCGCUCCCAAGUACUGCGACACCACGGAGAACAAGGGUGCCUUCAUCAAGAUCGGCCCCGAGCUUAAACUGGAAUACCAGGUGUUUGAGGCUGUGCCUCACCCGGACAUCAAGCCGAUGGCUUAUGUGCAAAACUCGAUCAUGUCGUCUAUGAUGUGAGAUGAAAAACGACUGGAUUGAAAGGCGUUUACGGCAAGAUUAUAUAGGGGCGAAUGCCUCGAUCGGUCAUAGAGGAGACCUGGGUGCCAGUCCCCCGGCAGCGUAUCUGAUAUUGAAGGGAAGUGCAUGGAACGAACUUGGAUAUCGAUGAAGCUGUACCUUAUGGAAUGAUGAUUUGACUCUUGCAUAGCGGAGACAAUGGAUUUUUUUCUGGAUCAAGGCUUGGCUCCUUUUAUGUGUUUUUUUUUUUUUUUUAUUUUUCUUCUUCUCACCUGGCCUUUCACGUUUAUUAUUUUUCUUCUUAAAUUUACACCCUAAAUCUUGGCUUAACCAGCAAAAUAG